UUUGUGUAAUUCAGCUAAUGAUACGGAAAUAGUCGAGGAUAUUCGGUGCAUGUGCAAGUGGCUAUAUCGGGUUCAGGUGAAAACAAAAGUGCGCGCCUCCGAACUAGCAUCGACUAACAGCUGCGAAGUGGAAGGUGUGUGAAAGUGGAAGGAAGAAGGCGAUCCUCGACUACGACGUGAUUGCAUCAUUAAUAUACGUUGAAUCACACUUGCUAUCGUAAAUCAUGAAAAGUAUAUAAAAGCGUUAUCAUAACGGAAGAUUUUUGGUGACAAGAAGUGGCAAUAAAAGUAAACAUUUCCACUUUGGAAAAAGUUGAUUAUUCCUAAUAUGAAUUUUUGGAUUGUUUACGAUAAAAGUUAUUGAUAUCGAUGAUUGCCGAAUGCCUCGCUAUGGAUAACUUGAAUGGGGCCGCAAUUAGUUUAGUGUGGGAAUAAGUGAAACUGGCUUAGUGUGUUGGGUGGUAGUUAAAUUGUUGGUUGAAAUAGUUCAACUAUUUGUUUUUGGUGAUAAAAAUAAACUGACAAAAUGUCGGUUCAAGCAAAGCGUCAACAUUGUUAUUUGUGCGAUUUGCCGCGGAUGCCGUGGGCAAUGAUUCACGAUUUUACGGAAGCUGUAUGUCGAGGAUGUGUUAACUAUGAGGGAGCGGAUCGUAUCGAGCUGGUUCUGGAUACCGCCCGGCAGAUGAAACGGAUCCAUGCCAGUGGUGGCGGUGGCGGCAGCGGAAGUGCAUCAGCUGGAGGUGGCAGCGGUGGCGGUAAACGAGGCGGUGGCCACGAAAACGGUGAAAUGCCACCGCACAGAUCUGUUCCACAGGCACACCAUCACUACUCGGUACGAGCCGGGCCGAAUGGGCCGGCGCUUGUCGAUUUCACACCGAAGCACGAGCCGCACGACAUGCCGGGUGGUGUCCGUCCCGGGGCUCGCCUCCAACAGCAUAUUCCGCCACAUCACAUGCCACCGCACGCCAACAGGCAGCAGGUUCCACCGGCGCUAUCCGUCAAUCUGAAACGACCCCCGCCGGAGGACGACGAGCACGGUCCGAUGGAUGGGCCGACGGGCAGUGCCAAACGAGGCGCCGAGGACCCGUCGGUUGCCAUUCAGCAGCGACCGCCGCUGACACGGGGCGAAUCCCUGCCGGCGGUACCGUUCGUUCCGGACCGGCAGCCCAGCUACAAGGACAAACACCCGGUGCGGACUGCUUCCUUCGAUACGGCCAACUUCAAACCGACCGCUACUGACCUCAAACGGUGGAUACUACCGAAUGUAGCACCAAACGACUAUGUUGCAACAAUGAAUUCAG